AGACGAUAUAUCUGAAACUAAAGGAAUAUUAGAAAAAGUGACACCUGCAAUUGACGUUGGAAAUUUUAUAUAUUAUUAUAUAAAUAAUUGUAUUAAUUGUAGAGAAGAGGAAUGUGAUGAACAAGUGAACAAUUUUUCAUCAUCAUAUUACAAAAAAUUUUCAACAAUAGAAGAAGCUAACGAAGAAUUUGAAAGAUACCAAUCAAGAAUUAAAAGAAAGAAAGAAAAAUUAAGUUCUAACGAUAAAAUAGUUAUAUACACAGAUGGUUCUCACAAAAAUAACCAAAAAGGAUCAUAUGCCAGUAUUGGAGUUUAUUAUGAAGAUGGAAGUAAAGAAAUCACUGAACCUUUAUCUGAAGAUUUACAAACUAAUAAUCGUGCAAAAUUAUAUGCAGUGAUUCGUGCAUUAGAAAUAUGUGAGGAUCAAUAUAGAAGACCUGGACAGGUAUAUUUUAUACAUGUUUUUGGACAUAAAGGUGUAACCGGAAAUGAAUUAGCUGACAAAUUAGCUAAACAAGAUGCUACAAUUAAAAUAAAUGAGAAAACAAUUGCAACUUGUUGGAAUUGUUUAUCAUCAAAUCGAGGCGUUUGUCAUUUCGAAGAAACAACUGAUGGAGAAAAAACUUGGUUCUUCCCUGAAGAACGAAAAGGCGUAGAGCAUCGUUCAGAUUAA